AGGGAGCGGCCAGUCAUGGCCGCCUCCAUGUUCUGCUGCUUCUCCUGGUGCUGCUUCUCCUGGUGCAAGGAUGGCGGUGCCGGCCACAUCCCGCUAAAGGAGAUGCCGGCGGUGCACCUCGACACGCAGCGCAUGGGAACAGAUGUUGUGAUUGUUAAAAACGGCAGAAGAAUAUGUGGCACGGGAGGCUGUUUAGCCAAUGCACCUUUGCAUCAGAACAAGAGCUAUUUUGAGUUUAAAAUCCAGUCCACAGGGAUUUGGGGUAUUGGAGUUGCAACUCAGAAAGCAAACUUGAAUCAAAUUCCACUUGGUCGAGAUGUCCAUAGCCUGGUGAUGAGAAAUGAUGGAGCUCUCUACUAUAACAAUGAGGAGAAAAACAGACUACCAGCAAACAACCUUCCUCAGGAAGGUGAUGUGGUGGGCAUUACAUAUGACCAUGUAGAAUUAAAUGUAUAUUUAAAUGGGAAGAACAUGCAUUGUCCAGCUUCAGGAAUCCGAGGGACUGUCUAUCCAGUGGUCUAUGUUGAUGACAGUGCCAUUCUGGAUUGUCAGUUCAGUGAAUUUUAUCACACACCUCCACCAGGGUUUGAAAAGAUCCUUUUUGAGCAACAAAUCUUCUGAAUGUCUUCGUACUGAAAAUUUGCACCCUGCACUGUUAGAAAAGCUUUGUCAUCUUAAAUAAAGCUUCACUUUACAUUUAGGAACCA